AUGAGUGCCAUCAACAAGAUCGCGCCGAACAGCCCCUCGCGCGCCAGCCCUUCGGAGCUUGAGACCAGCAUUGCUGGUGCUCUUUACGACCUCGAGACCAACACCACCGACCUGAAGGCCGCACUCCGCCCCCUUCAAUUCGUUUCUGCAAGAGAGAUUGAAGUUGGCCACGGCAAGAAGGCUAUUGUCAUCUUUGUCCCCGUCCCAUCCCUUCAGGGUUUCCACAAGGUGCAGCAACGUCUCACCCGUGAGCUCGAGAAGAAGUUCUCCGACCGUCAUGUCCUGAUCCUCGCAUCCCGCCGUAUCCUCCCCCGCCCAAAGCGCUCCGCCCGCUCCCGCACCACCCUCACGCAAAAGCGACCCCGUUCGCGAACACUCACUGCCGUCCAUGACGCUAUCCUUGGCGACCUUGUCUUCCCCGUUGAGAUUGUCGGCAAGCGUCUCCGUACCAAGGAGGAUGGCACUAAGGUACUUAAGGUUAUUCUGGAUGAGAAGGAGAAGGGUGGUGUUGAUCACAGACUCGAUACCUACUCUGAGGUGUACAGAAAGUUGACUGGCCGUGGUGUUAAUUUCGAGUUCCCUCAAGGUGGUGCUACCGAGUACUAG